AUGGUUCAUUUAGGUCCAAAAAAACCACCUGCAAGAAAGGGCUCCAUGUUGGAUGUCCCACAAGAAUUGAUGAGAGAAUUAGAGGUCUUGGAAAAUGCCUUUUCAGUUUCCAAUGAUCAAUUGGUUCAAAUUUCUGAGCAUUUUGCCCAUGAAUUAGCUAAGGGUCUUUCAAAGCAAGGUGGUAAUAUUCCAAUGAUUCCUGGUUGGGUUAUGGAAUAUCCAACUGGUAAGGAAUCUGGUGAUUAUUUGGCUAUUGACUUAGGUGGUACCAACUUAAGAGUCGUCUUGAUUAAAUUAGGUGGUGACCGUACUUUUGAUUCCACUCAAUCCAAGUAUAGAUUACCUGAUGAAUUAAGAACCACUCAAAACAGAGAUGAUUUGUUUGGUUUCAUUGCUGACUGUUUGAAGAAUUUUGUUGAUGAACAAUAUCCAAAUGGUGUUGAAAAACCAUUACCUUUGGGUUUCACCUUCUCCUAUCCAGCUUCUCAGGAUAGAAUUAACCAAGGUGUGUUACAAACAUGGACUAAAGGUUUUGAUAUUCCAAACGUUGAAGGUCACGACGUUGUUCCAUUAUUAAUGGCUCAAAUUGAAAAGAGGAACAUUCCAAUCAAGGUUGUUGCCUUAAUUAACGAUACCACAGGUACCUUAGUUGCCUCUUUAUACACUGAUGGUGAAACUAAGAUGGGUGUCAUUUUUGGUACUGGUGUCAAUGGUGCCUAUUAUGAAGUUGUUAAGGAUAUCCCAAAAUUAGAAGGUAAAUUAGCAGCUGAUAUUCCUCCAGAAGGUGUUAUGGCCAUUAAUUGUGAAUACGGUUCCUUCGACAACGAGCAUGUCAUUCUACCAAGAACUAAAUAUGAUAUCCAAAUAGAUAAUGAAUCACCAAGACCAGGUCAACAAACAUUCGAAAAGAUGUCUUCAGGUUACUACUUGGGUGAAAUUUUAAGAUUAGCUAUUGUGGAUUUACACUCUAAAGGUUUGAUCUUAAAGGAUCAAGAUAUGACAAAAUUAAAUACUCCAUUCAUUAUGGACACUUCCUACCCAUCCAGAAUUGAAGAUGAUCCAUUUGAAAACUUGGAAGACACUGAUGAAAUUUUGAUCAAGGAACUUGGUAUUAAAACAACGUUGCCAGAACGUAAAGUUAUUAGAAGAAUCUGUGAAUUGAUUGGUACUAGAGCUGCCAGAUUAAGUGUCUGUGGUAUUGCAGGUGUUUUCAAGAAGAGAGGUUACACCCAUGGUAAUGUCGCAUGUGAUGGUUCUGUUUUCAAUAGAUACCCAGGCUUCAAGGAACAAGCUGCUCAAGCCUUAAGAGACAUUUUUGGCUGGGAGAAAGGUGAAGCUUCUUCUUACCCAAUUGUCUUAAAACCAGCAGAAGAUGGUUCUGGUGCUGGUGCUGCUGUCAUUGCUGCUUUAGCAGAAAAGAGAUUGGAAAAAGGUUUAUCCGUUGGUAUUAUUGGUGCCUAA